AUGUCCAAAAAUCCGCUCCAAGAUGAAAAAUCCCCGUCACCUCCAUCGCCGCCACCCCUUCCCCCGCAGCGAUAUGGAUUCGCAGCGAAUACUCUUGCACGCCUCGCACAUCCCUUCCGCUAUGGCCCUCGACCCUCGACAGCCGUGGAAUACCUACGGAGUACGGACUCCCAACCAUCCCGGUUGAGUGGGCAGACAAGCACAAGCCCAACAUCAGAAAGAAAAACACAACAUAAGACAGGCAUUCCAAUCGCCGCUCUUGACAUCUCCCCGGGUCGAACACAUGCUGUCUUGGCAGGGCGGGACAUUCUCAAAACCAUCCAGGUCGAGGAUUUCACCUGUGCAGAAGACUUCAACCUUCGAACCAAUAUAAUCGCUUACGCAACGACCCACGAGACCUCCGCAGGUGCAAUAUCUGCAAGACACAGAGAUCGAUUGGCAGCACAGGAUGUAAAAUGGUCCCACGGGAAUUUCGGCACCACCAUCGCUACGGCUGCUGCCAAUGGAAAUAUCGUGGUCUAUGACAUCAGCCGGCCAGGUGUGGAGAUUGCUCGUCUACACGAGCACAGUAGACAAGUGCAUAGGUUAGGCUUUAAUCCGCACGCACCCCAGCUCAUGCUCUCUGGGAGCCAAGACUCGACUGUGCGCUUAUGGGAUUUACGGAAACUUGCUGGAGAAAGAAGUGUAAUGACUUGCCAGAGUCUCAAUAAAUUUUCAGGAAACAGCGAUGGUAUACGUGAUUUGAGAUGGUCCCCCACAAAUGGGGUGGAAUUUGCCAUUGGGACCGAUAAUGGUACUAUCCAGCGUUGGGACAUCCGCAGGGACAAUGCUCCGCUCCUCAAAAUAAACGCCCAUGAAAAAACCUGCAAUGCAAUUGACUGGCACCCGGAUGGAAAGCAUAUUGCAAGUGGAGGAGCAGACAAAAAUAUAAAGGUCUGGGACUUUUCCUCGUCAGACCGUAGAAUGAAACACCUAUGGCAGAUUCGUGCUCCUCAAGCCGUCGUCAAUGUCCGUUGGAGGCCAGCUUGUUGGUCUUCCGAUAAAGAAGAGCCUGCCCAGUGGCAAUGCACACAAAUAGCAACAUCAUAUGAUCAACAGGAAACAAAGAUACAUAUCUGGGACUUCCGGCGGCCAUAUAUACCUUUUCGCGAAGUGAAUCGUUAUGAUACCCCUGCAACUGCGCUUCUUUGGAAAUCGGAGAGCUUGCUUUGGUCUGUGGGAUCAGCUGGCAUGUUCACACAAACAGACAUUAAUUUUGCAACAAAGACAUCCGAUAGACGAAGUUCAAACACUGUUGAUAUCGCUCCAGAUGGCCGGGUCUUGUUUUUCCUGCAGAAAAGGGAGCGAAGGCGAGCAUCAAUAAAGGAUAUGCUUGACGACUUUAAUCAACGGGAUCAACGACGAAGUAGUGGAAGCGAGAAGGUCCCCAGCAACCACGGCACAACGCACGGUAGCUCAGAGGAACCAACUUUACUCAGCUCAUCGUUCAAGAACCGGCAACGUAAGCAUCCAGGCCCCUCGAGGUCAAUGAAAUCGUUAGCAGGUACGCCCCCAUCUGCGGGCUCUGGUGGACCAAUUCAGAAAUUGGACAUAAGCCUACACGAAAAGGAGAUGUCUCACUCAGCCCAAGCAGCUGGCAUUGGGCGGAUUGAAGGUCUCUCUUAUCACGAUACGUUCAAGGUCUAUGCACGCGAAUAUCACAUUCCACCACCACCACCGACCGACGAUUCAAGAUGCAAUAGACAUCACGAACUUGCUUAUGCUUUACGCUCCAACGGGGAGAUUGCUGCACAAGUAGGCGAGUAUCAACUUUCUGGAACCUGGAACGUGGUGGCGAAAGCAACGGAAAGCGAACUGGGCGAGAGAGCAGAUGAAAACCGCCGGAAGCGUCUCAAUGCGGCAUCGCUUUCAAGUUCGAUGAAGCGAGCGUCUUUCCAGUCGACGAGUAACAAUGACGGCUACACGAACGAAGACCAGGAGAGUCAGAUGUCGAUUUCGAUUGAAGGAAAGCUGCGAUCGAGAAACAAGGCCUCCACAGCUCUUGAUGAUGCCUCCAAUAUGACCACGCCUCUCGCCAGACCACAACCCGAUGCUCUACCUGGGUCGAACUUUUCGGCGAAUGUCGAGUCUCUUCAGCUUUCUGAUGCCUUAUGGAGCAAGCAGCCCUUGAGACCAGUCACGGGCGUAUCACAGCUGGCGAAGAUGACCAGCCCUGAAAAUCACGCCGUAGGCAAGGACAGCGGCCUAGAGAGAUCUGGAGGGGCAACAGCUCUUUGUGAACCUGAGAACGAGCGUCUAUCAAAGACUUACCAAACAUCUCCAAGGGCUGAUUUUGGCGAAAUUGACCGGCAAAUGACCGAACGUCGCGCUGCCAUGGAGAAUUAUAGGGCGAUACCCCGUCCAUUACUCAGACUUGAUGAUCCGUUCCAGAUGAACGGGCCGGGCUCAGGCGCUAGUAUUAAUCGCCACGACUCGAACGAAAGCUUUCAGCUGUUUUCGGCUUCAACUGACAGUUCGAACCGUGCUCAAUCAACCAUGGGGUCUUUUGAAAGCAAUCCAGGAUCCGAGAAGGCCUCAUCUACUCCUGAACGUUUGAAUGCUCCCAAGGACCGAGUCUAUCAAGAUAGCCCAAGUCACGAGGAAAGUGCAUUGGUGUUCGAGGAUGAAACAAGCCUACGCUCUCCAGCAUCUUCUCCAGCCUCUCCACACCAUUCCAAGAACCCACCCGUGCAGCACUUUCCGCCUGCUACACUGAUAUCGAGCUACCGCCCUAGCAAUACAGCCGCAUUGGUCCAUCACGAAGACAUGGAGACCAAUGGCCUUGGCCAGUGGGCCCUUGACCCUCCCACAACAAAGGUGUUGCUAAAUAAACCUGAUUACUAUAUCCUUUCGGAUUUCGAUCGUCCCAAGCAGAGGUCGCCCAUUCCACAUCCAUGGACAGCAACAGCCAUAUUCGAGGAGAUCAUCGAUUAUUACACCCUUAGACUGCACAAUGCACAAUUUCCUGCUUAUCUUGUACUUCACCUUGCACCAUAUCUAAAUCAUUCUAUUCCUUUCGAACGCUGCAACUUGAUCCUACUACAAUAUCAUGAGCAACUUGUCACCCAUCAGCUCUUCGUCGAAGCUGACGCGCUCCUCAACCUCUGCGAUCCCGACUAUCCAGACGUCGUGGACAAGGGUUUCUACCACAUCGCUUCAGGCGGGCCAUGGUGUACCGUCUGUCAAAAGCCAAACAAAGGUGGAAUCCCGAAUUAUUGCGAGCGCUGCCAACAACAUUGGGCUGAAUGUCCCAUCUGCUUUGGGGAAGGUCUUGGAUCGUCCAGACGGCAUACGCAGGAACCUGCGGAUUGUGGUAAACCGCAAAAGAAAGAUGCAUCGUGGGGAUGGUGCCAGGAGUGUGGGCACGGCGGGCAUGCGGACUGUCUACGGGUUUGGUGGGGCGAUCCAAUGAGAACACGGAGAGACGUAAUCGUGGAGAAAAAGGAACGGGGCAGGAAGGCAGAGAGUGUGAGCAAAGAUGAGCGUUAUGCAGCUGAGAGUGGAGCUGUCCGAGGGGCUAGAGCCAUGGUUGGCGGAAGCUCUAGGGGCAAGAGACCAGGGACAAUGGGUUUGGGAGCCGCGGGAAGGAGUAUGAGUGGUGGUAAGAAGGUCAGAAUCGUGGUUCCAGAGGAGGAGGGAAAGGCUGCUUCUGGGAGCCCUGGGGCUUCUGGCAAGACGAGUGCUUCGGUGCCUUGA